AUGGCUUCCUCUACCCAAAAACCCUCUUCUUCUUCUACCUCAGUCCGUAAAUAUCAGUUCGAAGUGUUCUUGAGUUUUAGAGGUGAAGACACCCGCAACAAUUUUACGGAUCAUUUAUUCGUAAAUUUGCAUGGGAUGAGGAUUAAGACUUUCAGAGACGAUCAACUUGAAGGAGCAGAGGAGAUCAAAUCAGAACUUUUGAAAAGUAUUGAAGAAUCAAGAAUUUCCAUAGUUGUGUUCUCAAAAAACUAUGCUCAUUCCAAGUGGUGUUUGGAUGAGUUAGCGAAGAUCAUGGAGUGCAGGGAAGAAAUGGAACAAAUAGUCUUUCCGGUGUUCUACCACGUGGAUCCUUGUGAUGUGCGAAAGCAAACAGGGAGCUUCGGAGAGGCAUUUUCCAUUCAUGAAAGAAAUGUAGAUGCGAAAAAGGUGCAAAGGUGGAGGGAUUCCUUGACUGAAGCAAGCAAUCUUAGUGGUUUCCAUGUGAAUGAUGGGUAUGAGUCAAAGCAUAUUAAGGAAAUUGUUAACCAGAUUUUUAAAAGAUCAAUGAAUUCUAAGCUUUUGCAUAUUAACGAUGAUAUAGUUGGGAUGGAUUUUCACCUGAAAGAACUAAAAUCGUUAAGUAGUGACUUGAAUGACAUUCGUGUGGUUGGGAUCUAUGGACCUGGUGGAAUUGGUAAAACUACCAUUGCCAAGAUUGUUUAUAAUGAGAUCCAAUAUCAAUUCACCAGUGCAAGCUUUCUUCAAGAUGUCAGAGAGACAUUCAACAAGGGUUGUCAACUUCAACUACAACAACAACUUCUACAUGAUACAAUGGGGAAUGAUGUAGAGUUUAGCAAUAUCAAUAAAGGAAUCAAUAUAAUAAAGGCUAGACUUGACUCAAAAAAAGUUCUUAUUGUUAUUGAUGAUGUGGAUCAUUUGGAGCAAUUAAAGUUAUUGGUUGGAAGUCUUAAAUGGUUUGGUAUAGGAAGCAUAAUUAUCAUAACAACUAGAGACCAACAUUUGCUGGGUGAGUAUGGAGUGGAUAUAUCAUAUAAGGUUGAGCAAUUACAUUAUAAGGAAGCUAUUCAACUCUUCAGUAGACAUGCCUUUAAACAAAAUGUUCCCAAAGAAGAUUAUGUAAACCUCUCAAAUUGCAUGGUACAUUAUGCUCAAGGUCUUCCUUUAGCCCUUAAAGUUCUAGGUUCUUCUCUCCAUGGCAUGGCAAUAGAUGAAUGGAAAAGUGCAUUGGAUAAAUUGAAAAAAAAAUGCUAACAAGAAAAUUAAUGAUGUGCUUAGAAUAAGUUUUGAUGGGCUUGAUCAUUUUGAAAAGGAGGUUUUCCUUGACAUUGCAUGUUUCUUCAAAGGGGAAGACAAAGA